CCUCGCUUCACCAGCAGCCAGCCGUCUAUCUUUGCUAUUUCUUGUCAGGGCUGAGGCCAGGGGCUGUUCCCUCUUCUACUACUACUGUUUCUUUUUGGCCGAGGCGCCAUUGAGUUGGGACCAAACUAACUUAGCGCUUUUCCUCUUACAACACUCUGCACGAAGACGAACUCGGCGUCGGCGCUGUUGUCAGAUUUCAUCGAUGAGCGUGGAAAGCAACAUUGUUAAGAGAUUAAAUGGAAGCACUUGAUAGAGAGAUAGGGCCAUUGUCCGUCCGCCCUGUCAAUCCUCAGGUGCUUUUGCCUUGUCGCAUCCUCCCACCAUCACCGCUUCACACAGCGCCAUGGAGUCCACCAACGCCUCGUCGGCUCCAAUAACGAUCCGGUUCAUGAUCCAUGACCCCGGUUCCCGUCCAAGUGGUCAGGACAAGAACAUCAAGAUUUCACAAGCCCGAAGCCAUGCCGCCAAGUAUGUCGGUCGACGCGCUCGAUGGGAAAGGCAGAUGAGUUUCCGCAGGGAGAUGGAGCGUGAAUCAUCACAACGGCAUGGACAGGAAAAAAGUACCGCCGAUGAUGGCGCAGAUGACCAACAGCCAGAACCCUCCAAGGUGCUCGUCCACAAUGCUCUGACCCAGAGCAAAAGGGAUCCAUUCUCUCCCUACAAUGCGUCAGAGCAUCCAGCAGUCUUUCAAGACCUCAUCGAGUACACCUACGACAAGCUGUGGCCUGAUCUUAUAGAGGUCCAAGGAAAGCCUGCCGUCCAUCCAGGCCGGCGGCAAUGGCGCUUGGCUGCACAGGAGUGCGCUGCUGUUCAUCACGUCCACCUCGCAAGCGUGGCAGAUUUCGGCAAAGCCAUGUACCAUGCCUACGGGUAUAGUGACAUGUUCGAUCGCCUGCGCCUGUUUCAUCACACCCAGGCCCUCCGACUGGUGAGGCAGAUCAUACAGAAUAUGGACCCGGAUGCCAUCCCCACCGAUUCACUUGUGAUGGCCGUAUACAAUCUGUCAUACCAGGGACUAGACUGGGACAAGCGGGUGUUUCCCGAGAGCCACCCGCCGCCGCCGACGCUCAAUGCACGUUUCCUUUCCCGGUACGGCAGGAAGGUGCCACACGCUGAGCAUAUGCGUGCCAUGAACCUCCUCAUCCAGGCCAAGGGCGGCUUAGAAGAGAUCAAACUUAUCGGCAUUGCCGAAAUGAUAUGGCUAUGGAGCCUGAACAACUGCACAACCCUGAUACAACACCCUAGUUUGCCGCUUCUGAAACGAUACGACAGAUUCCUCACCGAGUACACUGAGAAGAAUGUCAAACUAUCCCUUCGCAACGGCACGUUUGGGGAACUGGGGACUGGAUUUCUAUGCCUUCCUGCGCGGGACCACAUUGGCCAGCUGCGCGAGCGAUUGCUCUGCACCGCCGCCGUCACCGUGGAUCUCUCGAACCUGGAGCCCGGGUACGAAUGCACGCGGGAGUGGCGGCGGCUGCUUGCGAUUGCGCGGGCGAACCACCACCAGAUCCUGGGCCUGCCACCGGACAUCCCGCUAUCCGAGGCCGGGAGCGAGGAGGAGAGGCUGAUCUUCGCCAUCACGCGGCUAGGCGCGCUCCUGUACGACGACAUGGUCACGUACCCGCAGAUCGACAGCUCGGAGAUCAAGCCGCGCCUGGCGGCCAUGCUGCGCCGGGCCCUGACCGAGAAGUUCCUCAAGUUCACCCCCGGCGGCGGCCGCGAGGAGUACCGGCCCCUGGUCCUCUGGACGCUCCUGCUCGGCUGCAUCGGCGCCACCUUCACGCCGCCCGACCGCCGCUGGUUCGUCGCCCAGCUGCACGAGCGCUCCGCCCAGCUCGGCCUCGCGAGGUUCGCGGACUUCAAGGCCGCCAUGGCCUGUUAUUUGUGGUUUGAGAACUUGGACGGGCCCGCGUGGAAGGCGUGGGCCGAGGGGCGACGUUGGUUCCAUACCCGAGACGCAGAGGAGGAUCAGGAUGGAGAUGAGCAUGAGAAUAAGGGCUAUGCCGAGGACGAGGACUCCAAGGACACAGCGCGUUUCUAAUCUGGACCCGCCUGACUGACCUUCUCCUAUGAGAUGGAAGCGCCAGAAGCGGUAAUUUAGAUCGGACCGGGUCGAAAAUGGCAGAAUGGGGGCUCCAAAAGUGUCGGAUCUGCCAUGUGUUUGAAAAGGUCUGCUAGGAGGAGAAGAACUAAGGGGGUGUCUAAUUAUACAGUUCUGCCAUCCGAGGAAAGAAAUGGGUUGGACAGCAACGACAACUCCGUUCACGAGUGAUUUUCUGCGCUAUCAACGCCUCCUCAGACAUCCAGCUAUCCCAAUCCACCAAUGCACCCAGCAUGUCCUCCAUCGGCGAAUCAAGAAUCUCACACUCCCUGCUCGACCCUGUCCAGGAAACACACCCCCUCCACAUGGCCAGUCUGCGGGAAGAAGUCGAACCCGCCCAGCUUCUCGAUACUGUAGCGCCACCGCCCGCCGAAGCCGGCGACCAGCAUGCCCACAUCGCGGGCCUGGGUGUGGACGUUGCAGCUGACGUACACGACGCGGCGCGGGCCGAAGUUGCACAGCUGCUGCAGAAAAUCUGGCGAGGCGCCCUUUCGGGGCGGGUCGAUGACCACGAGGGUCUGCGACGGCGGGAACGGCACGUCGGUGAAUAGCGCUUGGGCGUCGGCGGCGAUGAAGCCCGUGUUGCUCUCGCCGGCCUGUUGCCCCGUUGCUGCGGCGGUGGUGUUGGCGCUGUGGUUCAGUUUCGCGUUGUCCCGCGCGCACGAGAUGGAGAGCGCGUCGAUGUCGAUGCCCAACACCGACGAGAAAUACGGCGCGAGCGCGAUGCUGAAGAGGCCCGAGCCGCAGUACGCGUCCAGCAGGUAUUUGAUCUUCGGGGCUCCUUCUGACGCGCCGCCGGAGAUCCAAGACACGGGAGCUGCCGUGGUCGUUGGUUCGGUGAGUGAUGUCGUCGUCUUAGGAAGCAGGUUCUCGCGGAUGUAGGAUAGGAAAGUCGGCAGGAUGGAAUUGUUGUUCUGGAAGAAACUGUUCGCCCGCGUGGUGAACGUGUAGGGCCCAAUGUGCUCGGUCGUCAAGGCUUUGUUGUCGGACGUGUAGGUCUUGAUGUCUCGGAAGCGAGGGUACGUGUAUAUGAUUUCCGGGGAGGUCGGAGACGGGAACGAGAGCUCGGUGGACACUGGCUCCCCGGCAUAGGCGAGCGGCAGGGACGACAGGUCGUGAAUAGAUUCGAGGGCUGGAGCCUGUGAAUUAUCGCCUUCUGGGGCGAC